AAAAAAAUUAAAAAAAUCAAAUUAAAAAAGUAAAAGAUCAAAACAUUUAGUAGGUUCAAAGAGCAUUUUCAUUCAAAAACUUAAAUAGUAUUAGGUAUUAAAAUGAAUUCGUCUAAUAAUAAUUGGAAAAUGGGUAAUGAAAGGAGAGUCAAUUUAGCUAUGACUGCUGAAUUAGCCUUAAAUGGUAAUGCAGGUAGUAAAAAUAUUUCAAAUAUGCAAUAUAAUCCCUCAGUGCAAGGAGGAGCUGUUCCAAGAGUUCGUGGAGCUGGUAUGGAAUCUAAUUUAAAUACUAACGAUAUAUUAGGUACUUAUAAAAUGCAAGGAGGAAAUGGAAUAGGAAAUAGUAGCAAAGGCUUCGGAUACAGUGAAGAAAAUAAAGAUUUAACAAGCGGAUAUAAGCCUUCUUAAGUAACAACUGGGUUACCUCCUAGAGGAUAUAAUUCUAAUAAUGAUUACAAUAGCUUUAAUACAGGCCUAUCAACAAAUAACAAUAUUAACAAUUAAUAUAAACCUACAGGUAUGGGAGCAGAUGGAUUUGGAAAUUUUUAAACCACUAGUAGUAAUAGUAGUAUUUAAGCAGAAUCAAAUGGAUUUAAAGUUUAAAGAGUGAGAGGAACAUAGCAAGGAGGUCCUACAGCCAUAAACAAUUAGAAUUUUUAAGGAACACAAGCUUUUGGUGGCGGAAAUACUCAAAAUAAUUAAGUAGGCUAAGGUACAGGGUACGGUUUAGCAAGAAAUAAUUCAAGAAAAGAUGAAAAUGCAGAUAUAGAUUAACAAACAAGGUAACUAAAGUUGGAAAUAGACUCGCUAGAUUUAAAAUUGGGGUAAAAGAAUAGUGCAACAAAUGGCAGCAGCAAUAACUUUUACCAAAAUAAUGAGCAACAAAAUAAUGCUUUUAAGAGUUCAGCCACUAACUUUGGAUCUAAUAAUAAUAUUAAUACUGGCUUUACAGGAUCAGGAAAGAAUUUUUACUCUAAUAACAACAACAGUGAUUCAAAUUCUAAUUAAUUCAAUUCAACUGCUACUGGAGCAGGAAAUAGUGUCUAUGGCAAUAACGGAUUUGGAAUUUCCUUUGGUAAUGCUAAUAAUAAUAAUAAUAAUAUGACAAAUAACAAUAACUUUGAUAAUUUUGGUGCUAUGAAUUUAAAUAACGUUUAAAGUAGCUCUCCAAAAAAUUUUAAUUCAACUUUACAAUCAAAUUAGCUAAACUUAACUUAAAACUCUUCAACUAAUAACAAUAAUAAUCGUUUACCUCCUAGAGGAAGACCUCCUGUCGGCCCAUCAGCUAACAAUAACUUCGAAGAUACUUUUGGAGUCAAGACAGAUAAUAACUAAUAAAAUGAGGUGAGAAAAAUACCAGUUAAUCUAGAGAAUUUAAAUAGUUAAAAUAAAAACACUAAUUCUACUAAUAAUAAUAAUAACACUAAUAGCAAAAAUAAUAAUGAAACUAAAGAAUUCUCAACAGGAACAUAUGAUCCAUCAAAUAUUUUAAACCAAAACAGAUAAGGAAGAAUGAGAAGUUUGGGAAAAAAAGAUGCAAAUAUAAAUUCUCAUGAAGAAAAGGCAGCAUAAGCAACAGGAAGCAAAAACAUACCUGAUUAAGAGCCUGAAUAAGAAUAAUUUUAAUGCCCUGAAGGUUGUGGUCGUAAAUUUAACAAGAAUGCUCUAGCUAAGCAUAUUCCUUAAUGCAAAAAGCAUUUCUAACCUAAGAAAGAAGAUUAAAAACCUUAAGAGUAGUAGAAAAUGCAAUAAGAUGCAGUGCAGCAUACUGCAGAAGCUAAAAAAUAAGUAAAACCACCUAAGCAAGCAUCUAAAAAACCUGGUUCUAAAGAUUAAAAAUCAAGACCUGAGCAAAAAGAUUCAAAUAAGAAUGAAGCAUUGCGUAAAUUAAAGGAGUAAAAGAAAAAAGAAUUGAUGUAAUAAAAUAAAGAGUAAGAAAAAGGCGAUGAUGAAUUAGUUGAUGAACCUAAUCAUAACGAAUACUUAUGA